UUAAAAAAAAAUAAAAAUAAUUAAUUAAUUUCAUGUGGGCCACGGCCCACCCUCUCGUAUUAACCUUCCGCUAUAAAUAAACCUUCCAUCUUUGAGCCUCAGCGGUUUGAAGCAACCACUAGACUUCAAAACCUCCUAUUUUCUCUCUCCUCUCUCUUACCUCUUCUUCUCCAUCAAUGGCGGUCCAACAGAAAACCCUUAUUAAUUCUACCUCAAAUUCAAUCAAAUUUCUAUGUAGUUAUGGCGGCAAAAUUCUCCCUCGACCUUCCGAUGGUAGACUUCGUUACGUCGGCGGCCUCACUCGUGUCGUCUCCGUUCAUCGCAACAUCUCCUUCUCUGAAUUAAUGGCGAAACUCGAGAAUCUAUGUGGUUAUUCAGUGAAUCUGCGAUGUCAGCUACCUAACGAAGAUCUCGACGUUCUCGUCUCGAUCAAAUCCGACGACGAUCUCACAAGUGUCAUCGAAGAAUACAACAAAGCGUCGUUGAUUUCUGGUAAAGAGUUGAAGAUCAGAGCAAUUCUCUCUCCUCCGAAAUCAUCGUUGUUAUCAUCAUCAUCUUCGUCAUCGCUGUUAGUUUCUCCAGCUUCAUCUCCUUCAUCGUCGUGUUCCGGCGCUGAUUACUCUCCAACAAACAGCGAUCGCCGGAGAAUCGUCAACUCUAAGCCGCCGAUUCCGGCAACUGUUCGUUCAUCACCGCCGGCGAGAAGAAGUCAAUACGGCGUCGUUCGAGAUUGUUACUACUACUAUCCUUGCCAUUUCCUAGCCAAUUUUCGGCCUCCUUCAUACUUCAUCCAACAUUCAAAUCGCUUGCAUUAAUUUUUCUAAAAAUAAAAAAAAAAUAUUUUCGUCCAAUUAAACAGAUAUAUAGAAUUAUAAUUUUCGUAUACAAAGUAAAAUUUGGAUAAAUUGAACCAAAAAAAUAAAAAAAAAAACCACGAAAUCGGCCUUUAUAGUUUUUGAAUGGGGUCAAUGUCAAUGUAAUUACGAGUAGUUGUGUAAAAUUACUGGUUCUGUGUGUACUACUGAGAAUCCGGAGUUGUUGAAAUCUGAUUGUUCAAAUUCCUAUAAUCUUCCGGUGAUUCUCAGAUUCUAAUGCCUAUUUUUUUGGCCUUGGAUUUUUGGACCUUCAAUUUAGCUCUUAGUUUUUUUUUUUUAAUUUUAAAUGGUUGAGCGCAUUUACCGCUAAUUUAACCAAUACAUUAACACGUAUAACCUGGAUUUUUUGGAAGGUAUACUACGUUUCUUUUUCUUUUUUUUUUUUUUUUUUUUUUUUUCUAAUUUGCGAAAUUUCUAUUUCUAUAUUUUUCGUAAUUUUAGUGGUUCAAUCAUUUAUUUUCUUAUGUUAAACAAUUUUAUUUUCCAAAUUCUUGUGUGUGAUGUGUGUAUGUGUAUUGUGACUUGUAAUUUAAUUUAUGUUGAAUUUGGUUUGUUAGCUCAUUUGUUUUGUGUUUAUUUAAAGUUAAUAUUUUUAUAUGUUUGUAAUCAUUAAAGUGCAUACUAAUUUCUGGGUUAUUUCCGUGAUUUUUGCAGGUCAAAAAGGGCAGAAGAAAUAAAAAAAAAAAAAAAAAAAAGACGACAUUAUUCUAAACAGCUAAAAUGUUGGUGGACUACACUAAA